AUGCUCAAAAUUAAAGUUCAAUAUAUUUAUAAACCAAUUAAGGACCUUGGAUGUACAAUUGCUAGUCACGGAGGUGAAGUUGAAAAUGCUGAUCGAAAAGAACAACUGGACUUAUUAAGAAAUUUGAAUCAACGUCAAUCAAAUCUUGGAACUUGGCUUCAUAAUGCUGUCAUAAUCAUGAAGAUUGGAAGCAAGUUGGUUCAAGUAGCAUUUGGGGAGGCUCCAGGUCUUGAAGAUUUGGAAACUUUUAAAUUACUCGUAAAUAAAUUUUUUAUGUAUUUGAUACAUUGGGUGAAUGGGAUAUAUCUCGUUGAUCAAUUUAAUGGAUUUAUGAUUCCCGAUACAUCACUGGACCUAGGAAAUCUAUCGGAUAUCAUUCAAAUAAUGAUCGAAUUUAAGAACCGUAUCAUGAAAUUACAUGCCCAUAUGGAAUCUUUGUAUAAAUCGAACAAAAAAUUUAAACGUGGUGGAUCCCAACAUACAAAUGAUUCUGUUGUCUAUGCAUCGCCAUUAAAGGCUACUGAGAAUGGUUCACGAAAACGAAAACUUAUAGUGUAG